UGCAAAUUAUAAAAUCAUUACACAAAACAAAUGUAGUAUUAGAUUCUGGCUGAAAUUGCUAUUUUUUGUGGAUCAAAUGAUGAAAUAUUUCAAGGUGUUGAUUUAAACGCCCCUAUUUUGCAGGUGGUAUGACCUGAUAGAUGGAUUGUGUUGCCAGGGAAGUGUCAAUUUCACACACAAUGGCGGAACACUUACGAAUUGUACGUGCAUGUUCGCUGAAUUCUCCCUAAGACACGAAAUUUUCACCUCUAGAAGAAUCCUGAUAGCUGACAAGAUUUCCAUGGAAGGGAUUUAGCAUGUAAUAACGUCGUUUCACUCAAAAGAAACCCUUGGGAAUUUUGAAAAUUGGCGGGGAAAGUGCCGAGUUUAUUUUCCACGGGGCUAACAGAGAGUGAAUCACGAUUUGUUGAUCCUGUUAAAAUAUCAUUGUUACGCAGAGUGGGAAGGCGUCAGCAUGGCAAGGAAGGAAGAUUUGAAGGUGACAUUGAGUCUCCACCAAAAUGGUGGACGCUCCUCUCCAACAUGGCUUCUCCCCAUCGUCCAGUCGUAGGAGCUCACGACAAAGUUCCAGUUCUAUACAGCGCCUCUCGUUCUCGCAGAGCCAUCGCAGGAUUUCUGCCAUGUCUGCUGGGGAGGGGGACGGACUUUCCCGGCAGGGAAGCACACUGUCGCGCGGAGGUAACAUGAGAGGUUUCGGAGUACGCACGUCAAUUGCUUCAGAGUUAGGAG